GUCUCGGCGCGCAAGACUACACGCGCCACGAGAGCGGCGAGUGGCUCGAGGGCUCCAUCGCGCUCGGGCGGCGGCGGGCGUUUGCGCUGGAGGCGCCCGGCCACGACCUCUGGCGUAACGACGCUCCUCUAGACCGGUCCCCCGCCACGGACGGCGUGCACUCGGCGGAGCUCUUCGCGAACGAGGCCCGGACCGUCGUCGGCGCCGCCGACGGCGAGCGGCCGCUCUACCUCUACUACGCUGCCCAGACGCCGCACGCGCACUUUGUCGACGGCACGCCGCAGCGCCACGUCGCCGCGGCACGGCGCAUGGGCUUCGACGGCGGCGACGCCCGGUCGGACGUCGCCGCGCUUGUCGCGGCGCUGGACGAGCAGGUCGGCGCCGUUUUUGAAGCGUUCGAGGCGAGAAAAAGGCCCCUCGUCUUCUGGUUUCUGGGCGACAACGGGCCCGAGGCGGGGACUGGGGCCUCGGCGUUCCCGUUCCGAGGCGCCAAGCGCACCGUCUUCGAAGGGGGCAUCCGGACGCCGUCGUUCAUUUAUGCACCGGGCAUCGUGGCGCCAGGCGAAACGAACGCUGUCACGCGCAUCGUCGACGUCGGCCCGACGCUACUGGGUCUCGUCGGGGCGACGGUCCGCGGCCUCGACGGGCGCGACGUGCGGUCGGACUGGGAGCGGCCGUCCAACGAAGACCUUGUGCUGUUCUACGACAAAGCGGCCCGCUGCGGCGCGGCCGUCCGCGGCCAAUACAAGUACGUCCUGAACGGCGGCUGCCUCUACUCGGACGUGCAACACGUCGGCUGGCCCGACGACGACGAGGACGAGGAUCCACCUUGCGUCGGCCCGGGCGUCGAGUGCCUCUUCGAUCUGGACAAAGACCCGACCGAGCGCGUGGACGUCGGAAAUAGCCAUCCCGCCGUCCUCGCCGCGCUCCGCGCGUUGCUCUUCGACGCGGAGAUCGACUCGGCGCCGUCGCGCGUCCUCGAGACGCCCGGUGAUCCGGCGGCUGACCCUCGACUCCACGGCGGGCGAUGGGUGAGCUGGUUGGAUUUGUGAAUUGUCUAUAAGUUUUGUUGGUGUGUAUACAUUGAGUAGAACCACAAAGAAGAGAGAGUUUUGUAGCAGCAUACAUCGAGUAAAAAGAGAGAGGGGGCAAGAGUCCUGAACCUCUAAAACCCGUUUAGUGGAUUUGCAAAUGGAAAAAUUGCACGCACACGUCAAGCCGGCACUGAGGCCGCGAAGUAGCCUGUGACAGCUUUCGGGAACUGCAUUAGCUGUGCGAUACAUAACCCAGCACAAAGGAGCGUCCACAGAAGCUUUGGGUUGCGGUGACGUCAAACCCGGCCAGCGCGCCGAGGGAGCUAUACCGAGACACAAAAAUAAAGCAGCACUAAAAAAAUGCGCUCCCUCACACCCCCCCAACGCACGGCAGCCAAGGACGCCUGCUUCGUGGCCGUGGGCUUCGUCGGCGCCGCCGCGGCCGCCCACGCUAUACGCAGAGCGGCUAGAAAACUCGAGGACUCAAAGCGGCCCGGAACAGCAUUAGCGUUGCGCGCGACGGCCCAGGGCGUGCGCAGCGCCGUCGUCGCGGCCGUCGAGUCGCUCGUGGUGUGGCGCCGCAAGUUCGAGCCGACGCUCGACUGCGCGAGCUGCCUGACGCGCGUCGACGGCGCCGGGCUACGCGCCAUCGCGCAGAGCGCGGCCUGGGGCGGCGCGGCGCAGUUCGGGCUCGACCAGGCCGCCAAGCUGCUCGCGAGACGCGUGCUCGGCGAGCGCUACUCGCGGGCGCGCGUCGUCUUCUCCGUGGGCGUGUCGUUCGCCGUGCGCUACCCCCUCGAGCUCGCGACGCGGGAAUUGGUCAGGGACUGCGGCGCGCAGCGGACGCUCGGCGACGCCAUGGCCCAGGUCGUGACGAAGGCGCCGGGCCGCGGGCUGCUGGCGCUCUACGCGGGGGCGGGCGUCGCGGCGGUGGCGCUGGUCCAGGCGCGCGUGGCGCGGCGGCUCGCGGCGCGCGGCGUGGAGGGCCGGUGCGCGGCGGCGGUCGCGGCGCUGGCGCGGCGGCCGCUCGACGCCGUCGUGGACGCGUGCGUCGAGGGCGCGGCGACGCCGGUCUGGCGCGGCGUCGUCGUGGAUUUGUUGCGCGUGCUGCUGGGCCCGGCGGAUGCUGUGGAUGACCCGGCCGACGACGACGCGUUCCUGCCGCGGGCGCUGCUGGGCGACGCGCACGGUUUGGGGCGCGCGUCGUCGGCGCGCGCCGACGAGAUCCAGCGCAUCUCGUACAUCCCCCUGCGGCCGGGCGUGCGGCCCGAGGCCAUCGUGGAUAAGAUGGAGGCCGUGACGGCGCCGCUGCGGAGCUUCCCGGGCUUGGUGGACCUCCAGGUCCUCGCCGUGUCGAACGCGCGCCUUUUAACCCAUGCGCGCUGGUCGCCUUCCCAAGCGGCCGUCACGACGAAGGGCCGGAGUCAAUAUGUAAGCGGGCCGUCCACACACGCGGCAAAAAGGGCGCUCAUCCUUUUUGUGUUAAAGGACUUCCUGAGCGGCGCGCCGGACACGAUCGUCCAGGGCGGCUUCGCUUUUGAAGUUGUGGGCAAGGCCGUGCCGGCCGGCGACCGCGUCGCGUGCCGCGUGACGGUCUUCUGUCUUAAAGAUAGGCGCGCUCUGGAUGCCAUGCUGGCCAUCUGCCAGAAGAACCACGCCGCGCUCGAGGACUUGGAAGGCUUGCUCGAGAUCCAGGCCUUCGCCGACCGCGACGCGAGCCGCCUCGUGAUGAAGGCGUUAUAUGAUACGAAGAUGAACUUGGAUAGUGCGGCGCUGCAGUUCGGGGCGAUCAUCCUGCCCCCAUCAAAGUCCCUGCACGCCGUCGCGCCCGAGGUGUCCAUCUCGGAACUGGUCUGGAGCAUGGACCCGGACUGCAGGCACGCGCGGCCCGGCCUCAGACGCGCGCCGUCCUUCACCGACUCCUUUGCUUGGGUGAGCGGCUAGCUGGAGCCGCUGUACACCCCUCCCCGUCUCGCCUCGUCUCGUAACCUUGUCAGAAAAUAUCUAGACACACGGUCGAUUUUCAGAUUAAGCCCCAUUUUCCACUGACGCUCUGCAAGGACCCAGCCGCCACGCUAGACGAUAUCCGCGAGAGCGUGGAGACGCUCCGGGAGACGGCAACGAUCAUGCGUCAGGUCUAUGGCUGUGCACACCCGUUCACAGCGGAUAUUGAGCUGUCCCUACAAAACGCGCGAGCCGCGCUCGACGGGCACGCCUACGAGCCGCUCCUCGCGCCGUCGCCGGCGCCUGUGCCGCCGUCGACGGACACGAUUCCGGUGACAGACGGCGAGGCCCUGAAGCGCGGCGAGGUCGUCGAGUUCAAGCUGGCGACGUGGGGCGAGAACUGGACGCCAGCGCUGAGCCCGCCGUUGCGCGCGCGCGUGUCCCGGUCGCAGGGUGGCGAGCUCACGCUCGAGGUCGCCGGCGGCUCGCCGCUCGAGAUCCCCCAGCGCGAGCUGCGCGAGCUCCGGCGCGUCGUCGCCGAUUCGCAAGACUCGGCCGCCCUCGCGGAGCCGGAGGCCCUCGACGACGCCCGCGAAACGCCGUCGCCGCCGUCACGGUGUACCGGGUGUAGCGUGUCGUAA